UGCCAAUUCAUUCCCCGAAAAUGUCUCCCACAAGACCUAUGCCAAGGAUGCCAAAGAUGCCUCUCCAGCUACCUUUUCAAGCAUUACCACCUCCACCUCCUAAUGGAGAUUGCACAUCAUUUACGUGCUCAGAGCCAUUGACAAAUGGUGCUCCUGGAUCUCCAUGCGUUUGUGUCCUACCUAUACAAGUUGGACUCCGCCUAAGUGUUGCGUUGUACAAUUUCUUCCCUUUAGUUUCAGAGUUCGCAGCAGAAGUAGCUGCUGGAGUGUUUUUGAAGCCAAGUCAAGUUCGGAUUAUGGGGGCAAACGCUGCCAGCCAGGAUCCAGAAAAGACCAUUGUCCUCACUGACUUAGUACCCCUGGGAGAAACAUUUGAUAAUACCACAGCUUAUCUGACAUUUCGAAGAUUCUGGCUCAAAGAAGUUAUUAUACAAACUUCACUCUUUGGAGACUACGAAGUGCUUUAUGUACAUUAUCCAGGUCUUCCACCCUCUCCACCUUCUGCAUCUUCUGAUAUUGGUACUAUAGAAACUGACCCUUAUUCUAGUCGCAACAACAAUGGAGCGGCCAUAAAGCCAUUUGGGGUUGAUGUGGGAAGACAGCAUCACAGAGGUGGGCUAAGUCGAAGUGUGAUAGCAAUUAUAGUUUUGUCUACCUCUAUAGUUGUAAUUUUCUGCUGCGCUAUUGCAUGGGUAUUGGUUUUAAAACACAGAGAGCAGCUCUGCCCUCCAGACUCUACUCCACCAGCUACUAUGCCUUCCCUUGCAAAAUCAUCAGGGAUUCCUGCCUCUAUGAUUGGAAGUGGGCCAAGUUCUGCUGCGUUAUCUUAUGGUUCUAGCAUUGCAGCAUAUGCUGGUUCUGCAAAAUCUUUUAGUACAUGUGAUAUGGAGAAAGCCACAGAUAACUUCAGUGAAACAAGAAUACUUGGUGAAGGCGGCUUUGGUCGUGUUUAUAGUGGCGUGCUUGAAGAUGGGACUCAUGUGGCUGUAAAAGUUCUAAAGCGAGCUGACCAGCAGGGAGGUCGUGAGUUCUUGUCGGAAAUAGAGAUGCUUAGUCGCCUUCAUCACCGAAACUUGGUCAAGUUGAUUGGUAUAUGUACAGAGGAGCGAACUCGCUGCUUAAUCUAUGAACUCAUACCAAAUGGCAGUGUGGAAUCUCAUCUGCACGGAGUUCACCAGGAACAUGCUCCUCUUGAUUGGGGUGCUCGGCUUAAGAUAGCUCUUGGUGCUGCUCGUGGUCUGGCCUAUCUGCAUGAAGAUUCGAGUCCACGAGUCAUACACAGGGACUUCAAGUCCAGCAACAUCUUGUUGGAACAUGACUUUACGCCUAAAGUCUCUGAUUUUGGUUUGGCUCGAACUGCAUUGGAUGAGGAAAAUAAACACAUUUCGACACGUGUAAUGGGAACCUUUGGGUAUGUCGCUCCAGAGUAUGCAAUGACCGGUCAUCUGCUUGUGAAGAGUGAUGUUUACAGUUAUGGGGUUGUACUUCUUGAGCUGUUGACAGGUAGAAAACCAGUAGACAUGUCUCAACCACCUGGUCAAGAGAAUUUGGUUUCUUGGGCCCGCCCAGUGCUUACAAGUAAAGAAGGUUUAGAAUCCAUCAUAGACCCAACUUUGGGCCCUGAUUUUCCAUUUGAUGGUAUCUCAAAGGUAGCUGCGAUUGCUUCAAUGUGCGUUCAACCAGAGGUAUCAAACAGACCAUUCAUGGGUGAAGUUGUUCAGGCACUCAAAUUAAUAUGCAAUGAGUGUGAUGAAACGAAAGAAAUGGGGUCCAGAAGUUGUAGUCAGGAGGAUCUGUCUCUAGACAUGGAUACUGGGAUUUCUAACACUUUAGACUCCUUGGGAGUUCCUUUACAUGGUCAAUCCCCAGUCUCUCAUUAUGGUCAAUCCCCAGUCUCUCAUUAUGAUUGUGAGGUAGAUGUUGAAAGGGGAAUAUCUGUAUCAGAUUUAUUGAGCUCAUCGGCAAGAUAUGCGAUGCAAGAUUCUGGGCCACUAGGGAGGCACUCAGGUUCAGGGCCUUUAACAUUAGGAAAAGCAAGGCAGCUAUGGCAAAAGAUGAGGCGAUUAUCUGGGGGUACGGUGAGCGAGCAUGGUUUGAUGUUCAAGUCAUGGCGUGGAUCUCGGUGACAAUUAUUUUCUGUUGCGAUGGACAAAAUUCAUCUGCAACAAUUGUUUGAGAAGUUGUGUACAGGAUAUCAGAUAAUUAGACAGAUGAUCAGUAAGGAUCCGUUUAGUGAAUUGCUUGGAUACCUUCAUCAAUGGCCAAGAAUAAAGGAGACGAGGGAAGAAUACAUUUUUUUGUUUCUUCGACAAUGGAUGGUUGAGUCGGAACUCCUGCGCACCAUCAAAUGUAAAUGUAAUUGAAAUGAGUGCUGACAUGUAUCUGAAUUUCAACAAAAUACUUAAAACGGCGAAAUAGAUUUUCUUGUAGAGUGAGCAUUGUAGUAUGAUGAUGCCUAUUGUUUUAUGGUGCACUAUUUUGCAGAGAAAGCACCCCCCCCCCCCCGCGGGAAUUUCUGCCAUUUUUGGAUCAUCAGAAGACAGUUCUGUGAUGAAAGGUUAAUCUGCAAGUUAAUUGUACAGAAUAGUUUGUAUCCCAUGUUGGGAAAUGCA